GCAGCCGGACGAAAGCUCGUGUCCUCCGUCGAUCGCAAACGAAACUAGAUACACAAUCCACUGUUUCGAUAAAAAUGUUGUUUACAUUUUUAUUAGAAUUUUAAGUUAUGCACGCCGUAGAAUGUUGUGUGGUAGAUCCUAAAACUAUGUUGGCUUUUGACAUUUUAGUAUAUUUGGUGUGUCGGUGUUAGUAGGCGGUAAUUUUCGGGUGCUUAAAUUGGAGCGCCUUCUUCAAGGGGCUAUUUUCACAUCUCGUCGGGAUGUGUAUGGUAGUGGUAGGAUUAUCGUAAAGUGAGCUGCGGUGAGACGGCUGUGCACGCCGACAGCAGAGACAAAGGAAGAGGAGAAAUGUAAAACAUAAAUGAUAAAAAGGACUUCCGUUCCUCACGUUCCUGGCUUCCUUUGAAUGUCGCCUGUUAAGUUGAUUGUGUUAUGUAAUGACUUGAAGAUGCAUUGCUCUGAGACCGAUAACUACCGUUGAGCAACUGGGAAUAUUACGGAAUUGAAUGUCGUUAAAGCAAACAGUUUAUAAAUCUCUGCCAUUGCCUUUGGGGAAUCCCUCUGAGUAUUCUAAAAACAGAUGCGGAUAAAUGAGGUCAUGAUGUGUGAUAAAUUACUGCAACAAUGAUUUUACGACACCACAGUGAAUUAAGUGAAACUGAUUCUGUAUUUCUCGAAGUGAAGAACAAAUCCUGAUCGCAGAAUUUUCUAGUGGGUCACGAGGUGAAGGAAAUGCUAGACGUCUUGUGAAAUGAAGACGAUAUUUAUGAUGGCGGACUGUACAACAGAGAUAAAUUGUCUUCUUUUAUUGCGAGUGAGUAACAGAAAAACUUUAAACACCUGUGAUUGAUGAAGUGACUGGUGAAGGAGUAUGGCAAUACUUCGCGGAUGUUGGUCAGACAAUAUUACAAGGAAGACCAGUGCAUCCUGGUGUUAUUAUCACGAACUGAAGAGUUAGUAAUACACGAAGUGAAGAUAAAAAUACGUCUCUUAUUUCCAUGUCUCACGCUGAGAUUGGUGUAUCGAAUAGUUGUUUUCCGUGUUCUUCGUCAUUGUUUUCUUCUUGAAUUGUAAAGUGGCUCAGAUUAUUAGACGUUAACACAGGAAAUGAAGUGGCGAAUGGUUAGUGCCAUUAGCAACAACACGCACAAAGCCCUGUAGCUCAUGACGAACCAAUUGCAACAAUACAAUAUCAGCUAUGGCGUCAAACGUUUUCAUCAAACAAAUUUUCCACAAUAACUCACCAUUAAUAUUCCUUAUUAUAAGUUAUACAGAAGUGAAAUUCUAUGGUAGGUGAUAAGUGUUCAAGGCUACGUGAGAUUACUUUCAAAACUGUAAACAGAGGCAUACUUAAAUGAAUUUUCAGAAAUAUUGUUAUAUAAAAGGAAAGCUUCACAGAAUGUUUACAUGGAUAAACGUUUAUUGAGUGUAUUAUCAAAAGUCGUAAGACAUUAAGUAGAAAGUGUUCGAACGUAAAUGAGAAAAUAUUUCACAAAAUUCAUCGCAUUUUAUUUCCAACUGAAAACAGACUCUUGCGCAAAUUAUAAAGUAUUUACUUUUCUUAACAUGUCAUAGAAUUUAAUUUAAGAUUAGAACAAAUAACAUUAGACUGAGAUUAAGUACGUACACGAUUCACCCUGAUAAAGAUAUUACAGCAUGUUGUGUAAAGAAAUAAGUUCGAAAGUUGUUUAGACUUUCAAUCGUAGUGACUAAUUGAAUAUAAAGCUAUCUUAAACACAGACGAUAGUGAAGUAAUCUACCAUAGUUUCAAGACAGUGAAGUUUUUUACACAGAACUAGCCCCAUAAUGACCGCUUUGAGAAAGAUCGUCUGCAUCGUGGCGCUGCUGUGCCUCACGCUGUCGGAAGUGACGUGUCAGAAGCCGAACUUACCUGGCAACAAGCGCCGAGACGUCUACAUAGCUGGUUUCUUCCCGUACGGCCAUCAUGUUCCUGAAUCACGAGUGGGACGCGGGGUAAUGCCGUCUGUGAUGCUGGCUGUCGACCACAUCAACGAAAAUCCAACGGUUCUUCGCAACUACAUGCUACAUAUGUACUGGAACGACACCCAGUGCAACGCCGCGGUGGGUGUGAAGGCUUUCUUCGACAUGAUGCAUAUCGCUCCACACAAGGUGAUGUUAUUUGGGGCCGCCUGUACCCAAGUGACAGACCCCAUCGCCAAAGCAUCCAAACGGUGGCACCUCACUCAGCUGUCCUACGCAGACACGCACCCGAUGUUUACAAAGCAACACUUCCCCAACUUCUUUCGCGUGGUGCCGAGUGAAAACGCAUUCAACGCUCCACGCCUCAAGCUGCUACAGGAGUUCAAUUGGACACGCAUCGGCACCAUCUACCAGAAUGAACCCCGCUACUCUCUGGCACACAAUCACCUCGUGGCUGAUCUCGAUACGAUGGGAUUCACUGUUCAAGAAACGCAAAGUUUUGCCAAUGAAGUGGCAUCUGCCAUGACGAAGCUGAAAGAGAAGGACGUCAGAAUAAUUCUUGGAAACUUCAACGAGUCGUGGGCCCGCAGGGUGUUCUGCGAGGCAUACAGCGCAGGGAUGUUUGGGCGCAAGUAUCAGUGGCUCAUCAUGGGAACGUACACCGAAGAAUGGUGGCUACAAGAGGCGGGAGUAGUUCCAUGUUCCGCCGCUGAGCUUAUGUUGGCGUUGGAAGGCUGCAUCCUAACGGACCUACUGCCCCUGUCUACCAAUGGCGAGAUAACCGUUUCCGGAAUUACUGCCGAAGAGUACCGGCUGGAGUACGACUCUCGUCGAGGCUCGGAAUAUUCUCGUUUCCAUGGAUACACUUACGACGGCGUCUGGGCUGUGGCACUGGCCAUUCAACAUGUGGCUCAUCGCAUACGUCAUUUUCGGAAGAAUCAGACCGUUGUGGACUUCCAGUAUCGUGAUCCCCUGUGGGAAGAAUUGUUCCUGGAAGCGCUUCGCAACACCAGUUUCGAAGGAGUUACGGGGCCAGUGCGUUUUUAUGACAAUGAGAGAAAAGCCAGCAUCCUCCUUAAACAAUUUCAGAAUGGUUCCGAGGUAAAGAUCGGAGAAUUUGAUGGUGUAACAGAGCAGCUGGAUCUAACAAGAGGUCACAUCAUUAAAUGGCAUGGUCGUUCCCCUCCCAAGGAUCGCACACUCCAGAUAUUUGAGCAUUCACAUGUCAACAUCACGAUAUAUUCUCUGCUCGCUGCCACAGCCUCUGUAGGUAUAGUCAUGGCCAUCUCCUUCCUAGCCAUCAACAUCACAUACCGCAAUCAACGAUAUAUCAAGAUGUCCAGUCCAUACCUGAACAAUCUAAUCAUCAUUGGAUGCAUGCUGACAUACAGCAGCGUCAUCUUCCUAGGCCUGGAUUCAACGCUCACCAGUGUAGAGGCAUUUCCCUAUAUCUGCACAGCUCGUGCUUGGCUUCUCAUGGCUGGCUUCUCCUUAGCAUUUGGUUCAAUGUUUUCCAAGACAUGGCGUGUUCAUUCCAUUUUCACAAAUGUGAAGCUCAACAAAAAGGUCAUUAAAGACUACCAACUAUUCAUGGUGGUUGGAGUAUUAUUGGUUAUUGACCUUAUUAUAAUGACUACAUGGCAAGUUACUGACCCAUUCUAUCGAGAAACAAAACAAAUGGAACCAUAUCCACAUCCUUCAAGUGAAGACAUACUUAUCGUCCCAGAGAAUGAGUACUGUCAGAGUGAACGAAUGACUAUUUUUGUUGGUUCUAUAUAUGCUUACAAGGGACUGCUCAUGAUAUUUGGUGCUUUCCUGGCAUGGGAGACACGCCAUGUCAGUAUUCCAGCUCUUAACGACUCCAAGUAUGUUGGCAUGAGCGUGUACAACGUAGUUAUCAUGUGCAUUAUGGGGGCUGCAAUUAGCUUUGUGCUUUCAGACAAGCAAGAUGCAUCAUUUAUAAUCAUCUCUGUCUUCAUAAUAUUCUGCACAACUGGCACACUUUGCCUUGUGUUUGUGCCAAAGCUCAUAGAACUGAAGAGGAAUCCACAGGGAGCCAUUGAUAAGCGCAUUCGUGCAACACUUCACCCCAUGUCAAAGGCCAGGCGAGACUCUCUUGCAUCUGAAUUGGAGGAAAAGUUAAAAGAUGCAAAAGCUUUCAACCAGAAGUAUCGGAAACAGCUGCUAGAGAGAGAAUCGGAGCUGCAGAUUCUUGUGCGAAGGCUAGGUGAUGAGGGUAGGGACAUACUGGAAUCAGAUAAUGGCAUGGAUCGACUGACAGUGCCACGCCAUGAUGCCUUGCUCAAGAGGGAAGAGACAACCGAGAUCAGCUCGCUAUGUUCCCUUAACUCAUCGCAGGAUGGUGAAUAUGUGAACCUGACAGUUGAAACGCCCUCCCAGCAGAGGAAAAAGACCUCAUUUUCGACAAAGCCACCAUCAGUUGCUGUGGUGGGAAUAAGGGAACCUCCACAGCCAGGUGGAUUAACAGUUACUCCUGCAGCAUCUUGCCUUCGCAAGAAGUCAUCAUCCUCCCUCGAGAACCAGGAGAACACUGCCACUAACCGCAUCCCAUCUGUGAUGAGGACGUCACUUCUAAGCCGUGAAGGGACACCAGAGGACUCAGAACCUCUCAUAGAGAACUCAGCAGCUACAAAGUUGACAUUGUCAGGCGGGGAAAGUAACGUACACUUCGUUCCUGAGGGUCCAGAGGAUGAGGAGAGCAGCCAUAUUAGAGAAGAGAAGUCCUUAAUUCAUCAUCAUGAUCUUGUGGAAGACAGGCCACGAUUACCAACACCUCCACCAUCUCUCACAAAGGUUGUUAGUUUUGGUGAUGUGACCAAUACUCCACUUUCUUCAUCUUAUCCUCCUCUUGAGGAGGAAACAAUUCUUCCACCUCCUAAGCAAUUUCAUCCACAGCAUCGCCAUACUUCUUCAAUAUCUAUUGCACCACAGGCUUACCAUAAGAUCAGCUACACACCACAACAGUUCCAACAUCCUCCUUCAGCUCUUAGACGCCGUUCUAGUGUUAAAAGUGCUUCAGGUGGGAACAGUUCAUCAGCUAACCUUCAAGUCUUGGAUUCAGGACCUGAGCAGAGGAGACGGACUAGUGUACCAGUGAUGCCAUCUGGCAGUGGGCAUGGAAACCUCCAACAAAUUGCUUCAUACCCAGCUGAUUCAAUGGCAGUAAGAAAUCUUAAUAAUAGUUACCCCGCUAAGAGGUUCUGUGCAGCUCACAGCGAGUCAACAUCAUCAGACAUUGGGAGGAGGGAGAAAGUUAAGAUACAGAGACAAGGGACUGGUGAUAUGUCUGUAUCAAGUGACAUUUUGAAUGUUGGGACAAGUGUUUCCACUGUGAUGGGAAGUGGUAUUGCUGACAGUGGGGGGAAAGGGUCAAUGCCCACAUAUUUGCUCAAUGGAGGGGGCACUGAUCUCCUGGCAUCAGGGGGCAAUGCCUCAUCUCCCAAUGUUACUGCAGUGGUAAAGACUACUGUUUGUGAUCAGGGGCCUGACAUGAUGAUAAUCCAGCGCUCAGUGUCAGAGAAGAGCCGGGAGCGUACUGCGCUGUUUCAUUAUCACCAUCAUCACCGGCAACCAUAUCAGCACUCAACACCGCCACCACCACCAGCAACCUCAUACCAACCUGACAGCAGGAAACUUUCCCAUCACAUCCCACAGCUCAAACAGCAGAAAACACUGCUCCAUUCACAUGUUCAGAGCACACCAAAUGUCGCCUCAUCACAGCGCACCAGUAUGGCCACACACCAUCACCAUCAAGCAUCUGCCACCAAUGUGCCAGCAAUGUGCUCUGCUGUGUCAGAAGGGGAACUAUUAGAUCUUGCAAUUCUACCCAUAUUCCAAAAACUACUCAGUGAACGCCAUAAGAGUCGCACAGGAUAUGGGGCAUCCAUUGCAUCAUGCCCUAACAUCUCCAUAAAGUGUGACAUUGUUGAGUAUUUGUAGAGGGGGGUAGACUUUUCCCACUUUAAAAUGGAAAUAAGUAUGUGCAGUUAAGUUGACCAUAUGCAGUGGAAGGUCAGGAAUGAUUUUGGUGGAUAGUAUUAAUAUAGAAACCAAAGAGGAAUUAAUAUUCAUUGUAUAGCAGGUUUAUUCUUAAUGUUUAAUUUUUGUUACAUGUCUGACUGAGUGGAUGUGACUUUAAUAUGUCUCAGGAACCAGAUUAUUCUGUGACCAUUGUUACUCAACAAGCCACCUUCCCUCCAAUAGUUUCAUGCACAUAUGCACGGUUAUGUAAGUCAGUUCUAAUGAAUCACAGCUAUUUCUUGUAUUUCUUGUGGUGCAUGUUAUGCGAUAAGGAGAUAAAGAAAUCCUUAAAAAUUUAUUUCAGUCCUCCAAGUUUUCUUUUUAAGUCUUAGAAAUGACUGAAAAAGGAUGUAACAUUAAUUUAAUUUACUCUAGAUUCUGUUCAGUAGUUUAGGAUGUUUACAUUCAUUACAGGAAAUGUUGGCAGUGCAGAAUAAUAUGAGUAAUGUAAUAUAUAAUGGUUGGUUGGUCAUGUCACUCUCUUGGCACCUCCUAUUUAAAAAAUUAAUUUUAGGAUACAAUUAGAAAAAUGCUUUAACCCACUGUAAGCAUAUAAAUUGUUUUCCUAAAUAUACUGAACAUCAAAUCCAUAACUAUCUGCAUCAAAAGAGUUACACUAUUACUUUUGAAAUAUAAUUAUGACCCUCAACAUUUCUUUAUUGCUUUAGUAAAGAACUGUUAUCUUCUUCUUCUUCUAUGGCUCUCCGGUCCGUAUUUGGUCCAUGGCCUCCUCA